AUGUGUAAGUCUUUCGAUGUUACUGCAUUGUACACGAACAUCUCCAACGACCCGGCCAUCCAGGCAGUUUUUGAGCUUUUAACUGAACACCAUACCUCAAUGAACCUGGCAACUACUUUGCGCAAAUCAGGGCUCUUGCCAUGGGACAACGGUUGGCGUCGACGCAUUGCUUUCAUGCCUAAAAUUGAGAAACUCGGGUCUCGCUGGCUUCCCAGAGAAAACUGUUCUUCUACACGCCCUUACGCGGCAGCAGAUGUGGCUUUGGAUAAGGACAGCAAGGCUCGGAUGUCUCGGAUGAGGAGCUCUGGCACAGUCGCGUUCCAAAAAUACGCAGAUAUAAUAGUCAUAGAUCACCAGCAAGCUGCAUGGAAAGUCUUAGCUUGUGUGAAGUCCUCUAAUGUGCCUUACCAAGUGCAACAAGUCUGCUCCAACUAUGGUGCAAAAUUUGAGUGCGAUGCGCCUUCGAUUGAGGCAGUACAGAAGGAGGAGGGUGCAGCUAUGACAGAAAGCAGCUAA